GGGGCAGAUUCCUGCUUUAUACGCGCACGAUCUGCAACAAGGCAAACCCCCUCCUCCUUCACUCUCACCGAAGAAAAAUCAGACACAGAGCCUUCAUCGCCGUUGUCGUCGCCAUGACCAAACAUACCUUUUGUUUGGCCGUGGAGAGAUCGCUGAGCUUCAAGAACUGGGAAGUCACCGAGCCCGACGCAGAAGCAAUCCCCCCCUCGGAAGACCUCAAGCUGCAGCCGCCAUCUCUCAGGAUCCCGGCGAACUUCCCGGCGCCGCAUCUCGAACUCCCGCAGAAGCAGGUGUUUGAGUUCCAGUCGCCGCGGCCAGUGUGCGAGCUCGAUGCGGCGGCGACCAAGCUGCAGAAGGUCUACAAGAGCUACAGAACGAGGAGAAAUCUCGCCGACUGCGCAGUUGUAGUAGAAGAACUCUGGUGGAAGGCACUGGAUUUCGCAUCUCUCAGGCGUACCUCGGUCUCAUUCUUCAACGUCGAGAAGCCGGAACCUGCAGUCUCUAAAUGGGCAAGGGCAAAGAAGAGACUAGCCAGGGUCGGCAAGGGUCUCUCCAAAAACGAGAAAGCCCAGAAAUUAGCACUAAGACAUUGGCUCGAAGCUAUUGAUCCGAGACAUAGGUAUGGGCACAACUUGCAUUUAUAUUACGACGUCUGGUUUGCAAGCGAAAGCACUCAGCCAUUUUUUUACUGGUUGGAUGUUGGAGAUGGAAGAGAAGUAAACCUCGAGGAGUGCCGAAGAUGCAAGCUUCAAAAGCAGUGCAUCACCUAUCUUGGUCCAAAAGAGAGGGAAGCAUAUGAAGUCAUAGUCGAGGAUGGAAAGCUUGUGUACAAAAUGAGUGAAACGCUAGUGAACACCACUGAGGGAUCAAAGUGGAUAUUUGUGCUCAGCACGUCUAGAUCAUUAUAUGUGGGGAAGAAGACGAAGGGCACAUUCCAGCACUCCAGCUUUUUAGCUGGGGGUGCUACAACGGCAGCAGGAAGACUGGUGGCACAUGAAGGCACACUCCAGGCUAUAUGGCCAUACAGUGGCCAUUAUCUUCCCACAGAGGAUAAUUUUAAUGAGUUCAUCAGUUUCCUGGAGGACAAUGAAGUGGACCUGACGAAUGUCAAGAGAUGCUCCGUCGACGACGACGACUACACUUCAGCCAGCAAGAGCCUCGCCGGUGACCACCUCGAGAGUGCCGCGGAGGCGGUAGGCGGGUCGGAGACGGGACCCAGAGCCGACGUCGGGACGGCCGCAUUGGACCUGCGAAACGACGCUGCCGGCGAGAGGAAGGCGACCCCGUUGCCGCUCACCAGGCGGGCGUCGAGCAAGUGGACGACGGCCGCCGGCGCCCGCAUCAGCUGCGUCCGCGAUUACCCGGCGGACCUCCAAUCGCUGGCGCUCGAGCAGGUCAACCUCUCGCCGCGGGUGGCCCUCUCCCCCGCUGCCGACAAAUUCAAGACCCCGAUCCCGUCGCCGCGGCCGAGCCCCACAUUGCGGCUCUCUCCGCGUCUCCAGCGCAUGGCCGUCCUCACGCCGUCCGCACCGCCGUCGCCGCAGCGAAGCCCUAAGGUUCGGCUCUCGCCGUGGGAACCCUACAGGGGAUUGGCUUAGCGCAUUGAGAUUUUUUCUUUCUUUCUUUUCAAGAAAAAAAAAAUGUUCAUUAAUUGCCUGAGCACCGGAACAAUGACGGUUGUUUUCCUUUUGUGACAUAUUAUUAGACGAGAUGAAUAGAACACAGGAAAAAUAGUAGUUUGUGUAA